UUCCCACAUAUAUGGAAUCCUUCUCCUUUUUUUUCCACAUAUAUGGAAUUCUCCUCCAUUUUUUUUCCCUUAUAUAAAUGCACCAUUUAUCUACUCUAUCUCAAACAUAACCAACAAAUAGAAUUGUCUUGAUUCCACACAUAAGCUUCAAGAAUCCAUUAUUCUCUUCUCUCUCAUUUUCUCACGCGCACACAUAGUGAUAAAGUCUCUCUUAUUUUUUCUUCUACACUAAAAACCCCCCACAAGAAAAUGAAGAUUGAAGGUGAGAAAAUUAAGAGAUAUGCUUUAUUAUUAGCUGCAAAAGAUUCUGAUUAUGUCAAAAAAGUAUAUGGAGGAUACUUCAAUGUGUUUGUUGAAGCUUUUGGUGAAGAAAUAGGAGAGAAAUGGGAUUUGUUUAGAGUGGUUGAUGAUGAAUUCCCAGACAUGGAUGAACUUAUUAACUAUGAAGGAUUUGUAGUUAGUGGAAGCCCUUUUGAUGCCUAUGGGAAUGAACAUUGGAUUCUCAAGCUUUGUCUACUUUUGCAAACUUUGUAUUUUAUGCAAAAGAAAGUACUUGGCAUUUGCUUUGGCCACCAGGUCCUGUGUAGAGCUUUGGGAGGAAAAGUUGGAAAAGCUAACAAUGGUUGGGAUAUUGGAGUAAGGAAAUUGAGCAUUGUGAAGGACUUCUCCACACAUAGCUUCCUUAGUGAUUUGGAGGAAAUUCCACCAGCACUUUCUAUCAUUGAGUGUCACCAAGAUGAGGUAUGGGAGGCGCCAGAGGGAGCAGAAAUAGUAGCAAUUUCAGAAAAGACAAAUGUGGAGAUGUUCACAAUGGGAGAUCAUAUAUUAGGGAUUCAAGGCCACCCUGAAUAUACCAAAGAUAUACUCUCUAAUCUCAUUGAUCGUCUCCUUUCCAAUGGUUCCAUUGAGAGUGGAUUUGCAGAAGAUGCAAAAUCUAAGCUUUAUAAAGCUGAACCAGACAGGAAAUGUUUGGAAAGAAUAUGCAAGAGGUUUCUCAAAAGGGAGUUGGAAUAUAUCAAUGGAAAAAUAUGAUCUUUAGAACUUGGAUUUUCUUGCUUGUGUGUUUAUGUAUCGACUUUUUUAUGUUUUGAUCGAAAUAACCAUGUAUCAUGCUGACGCAAAUUAAUAAUAUAAACCUAACGAAAGGUAGUAAUAAUUUUGUGUCC